AUGAUUUCUUCGUGUUCAUCCGUGAUUCUGAUCGAUCAAGAACCGAUCCCAAUGGACCCGACACCAUCAACAUCUGAAAAUGACUCGAGAAUUCAGACAAGACGGAGCCUUUGUUCGGCGUAUAAGCUUUCAAAUACAGUCUCGGUUCCCAAACAACACGAUCAGCUUCAUUCGGAUCCAACUGAUCAGUUGACCCAGUUGCUGAAGCAGUGUAUAACACAAACGAAAGAUCUGGUUGAGAUGAGUGGAAGUUAUCAGAAAAACCUUAAAGAGCCAAAUGCUUCAUUUGAAAAGCCUCUAUCUUUCAAAAACCUGUUUGAUGAGCUCAAUCAAGGGUUCUAUCAGUCGCCAACCUUCGAGACUCUUUCUAGUCCACAAAAGGUAGACAAUGAGACUGAGGAAUCUACUCUCCAACAGAUUCCACGUGGAUCAGUAACUUCCAAAUAUUGUCCCAUAAAAAGGAUUCAUGUAUUUGUUGUCAGUGUACUUGAUGGGAGUGAUAUGGUGUUUCACUACUCUCCAGUUCAUCAGAAUCUCAUCCGUCACUACUGCUUAAUCUGUGAGGAUUCUGGAAACGGUGUAGUGGAAACAUUGCAAAAAGAGGUGACAGAAGAAGAGGAAGAAUCAUAUAAAUUCUAUCCUCUCUUCCGUAUUCUCUACUGUUCUCACAUCAACUUGUUUGUGGUUCAUUUCGGAUUUCACGGUGUUAUUUUGCAAUGUGCAUUCAAUGAAUUCACCAGAGAAUUCGAAGCAUAUGACUGCCAAGAAUGCCCUGAAACUGUGAAAGAAGAACAUCUAAAGCCAAUUUAUGUGGAGUACUGUGAAGCAAUCAGUGAUACAAUUAUCCAUAUGGCGAACACGAUGACAGGAUUCAUAGAACAAUAUGUUUACGAGUCUAAAACAAUGGAAUUCAAGCAAGUAUUCCACCCAGAGAAUGCAUUCGAUGGAGCCAAAUUUUCACGAGAUACUGUACUCUACGUGGUUCCAGAACCACAUGGAAGAGAGACAAAGAUAAUGAGAGAUUUGGAGGGGAAGGUGACAAAGCAUACAUAUAUUCCAGAGGACGAAGAUCAUGUGCAACUUCCUCAGCGCACUGUCCGAACUAUUGGAGUUCAGAGAGCUCAGAAAGAAGUGGAUUUGGAUGUAUUGAAAACGAAAGAAGAAUCAAUUUGGAGAGAAGAAGAUUUGAAAAUUCACGAUUUUUAUCAAUCUGUUUUACCUCUUGCUACUUCCACUCCACUCAAAUCUGUGAAGACUCAAGAUGAUUUGGAAUGA